AUGUUGUCGCAAACCUCCAUACCAGAAGUGAAGGAAGACGUGAUAGGUUACGCGCUGCAGCAGAGGAGAGCCAGGGUAGGCCAAUUCCAAGAUUUAGGUCCGCCUGAUUUGAUUACUUUGAUCAAAUCGUUACCUUCAUCCUCGAGCACCACGACUGCUACUGCUUCCGCCAACGAUAGUGGGACUGGUUCUAACAUCAAUGGUCAAGACCCUACAACUAUAGUUACGGAGUUGCAUUCUCACGAUAAAUUAAAGGGACAGAUCGGUACUUUUUUCUACUGCAUGGGAAUAGACACUUCAGACCCAACCUCAAUUACAAUCUUCGCCAAAAAGAUAACUGAUCUUUUCUUAGACACGCCCCAAGUUUGGUUUGGCAAGAAGAAGCACUUUCACGUCUCGAAGAUUUCGAUCAGUUCUUGGAAUGCCUUUAGAAAAUAUGAUGUUAAUAUUAUUGUUCAUAUUCCGGGGACUGUGCAAACGUAUAUUAUAAAUAACGACGGUGAACAAUCGCAGCUUCCCUCCCUGACGGAAACCUCAUCUGGCCGCAAUUCACAGGAUGCGAAUGUAAAUAUGAUUUGGGUGGAAACUUUUAUGAGUGGUAUCGUACGUGAUAUUAUGCUUAUGAAAGAUAACCGCGCAGAUGGAGAAUCACAAAAUUUGGUGGAAACGCUAGUUUUCAAUCCAUUAACCUCUGGUGAAUUGGAAGAUGUGGCUACAAACUUUAUCAGGUUAUUUCCCUUAGUUUAUGAGAGAGGUAUUUAUUUAGACGCACCCACUCAUAUUUUAAAUCCUUCGUUAACCAAUAACUAUUUGGUCGAAACUUUAGUUGAAAUAGUUCGAUUAACUAAUAGUUUGGAGGCAUGUCGUAAAAUGCUUGAGGGAUUAAUAGAAACUCAUCCAGAAGCAGUAAUCAUUCUCAUCCGUGUUUACUUUGCAUGUGAUUUGGAGGUAGAUGCGGUUGAUCUGAUCAAUGAGCAAUUAAAUUCUUCAUCUUCGUUCUUAGUUGAUGAUUCGAAGACGAGCCAUAUUCAGUUGAUCUUCAAAUCCGAACUUCUGAGCAUUCAAAGUGAGUUUUUACUGGAGGUCAAGAGAGAUUAUAAACUUGCUAGAGAGGUAGCCAUAGAGGCUGUGAAUUGUGCACCAAACGAAUUUAAAACUUGGUACUUAUUGACUAAAAUAUACAUCAAAUUGAACGAUAUGACAAAUGCUUUGUUAUCGCUAAAUGCAUGCCCAAUGUCUCAGGUUAAGGAAAAGUAUGUGCUGAGAAGAAUUGCACCUAUUACCUCCGACGAAAAUCUCCACUUGCCAUUACCAUUGGAUGCCUCGAUUGAGGAAAUUUCGUCGUUGAACCCCAUGGAUGUGCAAUUGGAACAAAAAUCUGCUGACCCAAACUUAGUCAAUCUCUCAGCAUCAAGUUUAAAAUCUACUUUCCAACUAGCCUAUAGAUUAUUAACCGAAAUUGUUCAAGUAACAGGAUGGGAACAACUUUUAAAGUAUAGAUCAAAGAUUUUUGUCAUGGAAGAUGAGUAUCAAGGCUCUACUUCCUCUAUUGAUGAAACAGAUACACAUGGUAAUGAGAUGUUUAAAAUGAGAUCCAAGAGGUUGUGCGAAAGAUGGUUGGAUAAUCUUUUUAUGCUAUUAUACGAGGACUUGAAGACUUACACGGAUUGGCAAUCAGAGCAAUUGUAUUUUGAUGCCCAAAACAGCAAAUAUCAUAAACUAACUGUGGAAUGGGAACUAUUCGGUCUUUGCGCAAAAAGACUGGGACAUCUUCCCGAAGCUGCAAAGGCUUUCCAAAUAGGGCUUUCUCAAAGAUUUUCUCCAGUGUGUGCAAAGAACCUACUGGAAUUUUACAUUAAUGAAAAUAAACGUAUUAGAAGGGAUUCUAUCUCAGAAAACUCUGAAUUGACUUCUUCUCAAAUACUCUCAAGUAUCAAUGACUUGGACAGCUCGAUCAUCGAUUUAGUCGUCAAGAUUUGCUGCUGGAACCAUCGUUGGUACAUUGAGUUCUCAAUAAUGCUAAUAGAUGCUUUAAGUGUUGUGGUUCAGGACAUGGGCAUUACCAAAGUGCAUAAUGAAAUUGCUUCUAGAUUCACUGAUCCGGUGGCUCAAUUGGUUGACGAUAACAUUCUGAAUUUUUUAAAGAAUUUUACAAAUGACACUUUUGAUAACUGA